AUGGGCAUCUACCGGAGACGGCAGCUUCGUGCCGCCUUCUCCCUACUCAUAUAUCCCUUCGCCUUUGCUGUCCUGCUCACCUUCUUAGCCAAGCUGCUCUUUGGACGCCCAGCGUCGCCUCCUCCAUCCCUGGCAACAACAAGCCAGAGCAACCGCCAGCACCAGCCAGGCACAAUAUCCAAGGCCCUGGUGGUCGCCUCCACCACAAAGGAAGACACCACAUGGCUGUCCCAGAUCCCAGCUUCCCUAAACUGGACCAUCAACCACUACCGCGUCGACGCGCCCCUGACCCCGGCCCUCAGCGUGCCCUCCAGGAACGGCAACGAGGCCAUGGUCUACCUGACCUACAUCAUCGACAACUACGCCGCCCUGCCCGACGUCAUCUUCUUCCACCACGGCCACCCGCGCGCCUGGCACCAGAAGCUCGGCAGCGCCGACGAGGUCGCCCGCCUGCGCGCCGAGUACGUGCUCAAGGCCGGCUACGCCUCGGCCCGCUGCCUCCCCGGCUGCGAGAACGUCGUCUCCCUCGAGGGCGGCGAGCCCGCGCCCCGGAUGGCCGCCCUGCCGCUGCUGUCGCGGCGGGACCACCUCGUCACCCUGCUCGAGAACUUCCUCGAGCCCGCGCGCUUCCCUGACCUCGAGGGCGCCGUCCCCGCGCAGCUGGCUGCGCCGUGCUGUGCGCAGUUUGCUGUCAGCCGGGGGAGGGUGCUGCGCAGGGACAGGGAGUGGUGGGUCAAGCUGAGGGAGUGGCUGAUUGAGGCGCCCCUGCCGAGUAUGAAUUCCGGCCGGUUGAUGGAGCAUCUGUGGCAUGUCUUCUUUGGAGUGGAGGCCGUGCAGUAA